AUGGGAUAUCACAAACAGGGUAGACCAACAAAACACAUGUUUGCAUCUGCAAGGGAUGAUGGGAAUGUGAGGUUAUGGGAUGCCAUGAACAAGGGUAGACCAACAAAACACAUGUUUGCUUCUGCAAGGGAUGAUGGGAAUGUGAGGGUAUGGGAUGCCAUGAACAAGGGUAGACCAACAAAACACAUGUUUGCUUCUGCAAGGGAUGAUGGGAAUGUGAGGGUAUGGGAUGCCAUGAACAAGGGUAGACCAACAAAACACAUGUUUGCUUCUGCAAGGGAUGAUGGGAAUGUGAGGGUAUGGGAUGCCAUGAACAAGGGUAGACCAACAAAACACAUGUUUGCUUCUGCAAGGGAUGAUGGGAAUGUGAGGGUAUGGGAUGCCAUGAACAAGGGUAGACCAACAAAACACAUGUUUGCUUCUGCAAGGGAUGAUGGGAGUGUGAGGGUAUGGGAUGCCAUGAACAAGGGUAGACCAGCAAAACACAUGUUUGCCUCUGCAAGGGAUGAUGGGAAUGUGAGGGUAUGGGAUGCCAUGAACAAGGGUAGACCAACAAAACACAUGUUUGCUUCUGCAAGGGAUGAUGGGAAUGUGAGGGUAUGGGAUGCCAUGAACAAGGGUAGACCAACAAAACACAUGUUUGCAUCUGCAAGGGAUGAUGGGAAUGUGAGGUUAUGGGAUGCCAUGAACAAGGGUAGACCAACAAAACACAUGUUUGCUUCUGCAAGGGAUGAUGGGAAUGUGAGGGUAUGGGAUGCCAUGAACAAGGGUAGACCAACAAAACACAUGUUUGCUUCUGCAAGGGAUGAUGGGAAUGUGAGGGUAUGGGAUGCCAUGAACAAGGGUAGACCAACAAAACACAUGUUUGCUUCUGCAAGGGAUGAUGGGAGUGUGAGGGUAUGGGAUGCCAUGAACAAGGGUAGACCAGCAAAACACAUGUUUGCCUCUGCAAGGGAUGAUGGGAAUGUGAGGGUAUGGGAUGCCAUGAACAAGGGUAGACCAACAAAACACAUGUUUGCUUCUGCAAGGGAUGAUGGGACUGUGAGGGUAUGGGAUGCCAUGAACAAGGGUAGACCAACAAAACACAUGUUUGCUUCUGCAAGGGAUGAUGGGAAUGUGAGGGUAUGGGAUGCCAUGAACAAGGGUAGACCAGCAAAACACAUGUUUGCUUCUGCAAGGGAUGAUGGGAAUGUGAGGGUAUGGGAUGCCAUGAACAAGGGUAGACCAGCAAAACACAUGUUUGCUUCUGCAAGGGAUGAUGGGAAUGUGAGGGUAUGGGAUGCCAUGAACAAGGGUAGACCAACAAAACACAUGUUUGCAUCUGCAAGGGAUGAUGGGAAUGUGAGGGUAUGGGAUGCCACAAACAAGGGUAGACCAGCAAAACACAUGUUUGCCUCUGCAAGGGAUGAUGGGAAUGUGAGGGUAUGGGAUGCCAUGAACAAGGGUAGACCAACAAAACACAUGUUUGCUUCUGCAAGGGAUGAUGGGAAUGUGAGGGUAUGGGAUGCCAUGAACAAGGGUAGACCAACAAAACACAUGUUUGCAUCUGCAAGGGAUGAUGGGAAUGUGAGGUUAUGGGAUGCCAUGAACAAGGGUAGACCAACAAAACACAUGUUUGCUUCUGCAAGGGAUGAUGGGAAUGUGAGGGUAUGGGAUGCCAUGAACAAGGGUAGACCAACAAAACACAUGUUUGCUUCUGCAAGGGAUGAUGGGAGUGUGAGGGUAUGGGAUGCCAUGAACAAGGGUAGACCAACAAAACACAUGUUUGCAUCUGCAAGGGAUGAUGGGAAUGUGAGGGUAUGGGAUGCCAUGAACAAGGGUAGACCAACAAAACACAUGUUUGCUUCUGCAAGGGAUGAUGGGAAUGUGAGGGUAUGGGAUGCCAUGAACAAGGGUAGACCAGCAAAACACAUGUUUGCUUCUGCAAGGGAUGAUGGGAAUGUGAGGGUAUGGGAUGCCAUGAACAAGGGUAGACCAGCAAAACACAUGUUUGCUUCUGCAAGGGAUGAUGGGAAUGUGAGGGUAUGGGAUGCCAUGAACAAGGGUAGACCAACAAAACACAUGUUUGCAUCUGCAAGGGAUGAUGGGAAUGUGAGGGUAUGGGAUGCCACAAACAAG